AUGCAGGUACUCGUGCUUGGUCCUCCCCGGACAGGCACCCAAUCACUUGCAGAGGCAUUGUCCCAGCUCGGCAUUCCGGACGUCUACCACAUGCGUGAGGUGGGCAAGAACAAGCACCAGCACCUGUGGAUACGCGCGCUUGAGGACAAUCUUGAGGGGAAAGGGCCCGCUUGGGGCCGGGAUGACUUCGAGAAAAUUCUAGCUGGCUUCCAAGGAGCUGCCGACUUCCCAGCCGCCAUUUUACCCCAGCAGCUGGUAGACGCGUACCCAGAGGCGGCCAUCAUCCUCUCGACAAGGCCUGAGGAUGCCUGGUACGCUUCUAUGAUGUCGACCCUCAUCCACUAUCAUACGAAUGUGUUACCUGGUAGCCCAUCGCCUAUGGCAGCACUUUCCACCAAGUACCAUACCCUGUGUUGGAGCAAUGACUUCGCCACUAAUGGGCGUGACUACUUCAGAAGACACAAUGACAUGGUACGGAGGCUGGGGAAGGGUCGGAGAUUCUUAGAAUGGAGCCCUCCGGACGGGUGGGCACCUCUGUGUGGAUUCUUGGGGGUCCCUGUGCCACAAUCUCCAUUUCCUCAUGCCGAUGACUGGGCCCAGUUUAAGAAGCUUGAUUCUGCUCAGCCUCAGCAUCAGCCUUAA